CAAACAGGUAACACCGUUACUCUUAUUUCUCGUCCAUACAAAUGAAUAAAUGGAUACAUACAUACAGGCAGGCACAUAUGAAAUACAUGAGAGGUCCGAUCUGUCACGUCACGCAGCCUUACACACAUCUGCAUGUCGUGUCCGUGCACUAUCACCACCACCAGACAGCAGUCUGUGAGCAGCAAUGGCCAGGAGUGGGGCCAGGCCGUGCAGCAGCAGCAUCGCCAUGCCGUCAUACAGAUACUUGGGCGCAAACACAGACCACACCUGCACGCAACACACACACACACACACACAGACAGGGAGAGCGAGAGAGAGAGAGAGAGAGAUCGCCACGUGCAAAUCUGUCUACUUGGAUGCGUGUGUGCCCUGGCUGACCAUGAGGUGUCUUCUCAGUAUGAUGAGGGCCACCUCCGAGGCCACAUACCGCAGCGACGCCGCCACCAACACGCUGAACGCACAACACACCACACACACACACACACUCCCUCAGUCUCCCUCAGUCUCCCUCACUCUCCUCUCACAUCCGCAAUGCUUACCUCGCCAUCACUCUCACAAGGCGCACCAAGAGCACAGGCGGGGCGGCAUUCCUGUCACCGCUGCCUCCCUUAGCCGUGGUUGUCACCACCACGGCCGCCGGCAGUGCGCAGAAUGCCAGGAUGAAUGAGCAGUACGUGUGGAGGAAGACGAGCAUGGGCGAGAGGUUGAUGUCGAACUUGAGCAGACCCACAAAGGCGGCCGAGACCGGCACCGCGUUGAACGUCAUCCGGUGGCCCGUCGUGAAGAACAUCGCGAAACCAACCAGCACCACCAUCGCACCCACGGACAACUCGGAUAGCCCACCAAGCACCACUGUUGAAGACGCCCUGCGCUCCUUCUCUCUCUGUCCGCGGGAAGAGUGCACAGCCGUCAGCAGCAGUGGCAGCUGGAUGAGGCAUGACGCAGCCGGGGUCACCUGGGAGGCGCCGAGGAGCGUCAUGGAAGGGAAUACCUGGCUGCCCACCACCACUAAGGCAAGUGCGUGCAGCUGGGACUCAAGGCUGCCGCUGUUGGUGGUCUGGAUAAGGCGACCAGGGAAGGAGAGGCAGGCGAGCAGCUGAAUGCCGCAAAGGGCAUAGACGAUGCGGGGCAGCACCACCACGAGAGCGUCGUGGAUGGGGAGAGCCCAUAGGGUGGCGCCCAGCCGCUGCUCACGAGCCUCGGAUGUCUCGGUCGUGCGCUGGUAGAACUGACAGACAGACAGACAGAGUGACUCCCUGACUGACAAGCAUCGAUCGGUCUCACCCACUCUACUUACCUCCACAUGCAUCUGCAUGGCAGUUGCAGCGAACUGCAGGCCCCACGCCACUGCAAUACACCGCCGCACCCAGCCCCUACGCACACAUGAGUGCCAGAGCAGCGCCAGCAUCACUGCAAGAGGGACGAGCAUGACGGCCGAUGCUGCCGUGGGGUGGUCGAUGACGACAGAGGGCUGCGGCCGGUCGCCCGGCAUGGCCUCCAGCUGGUCGAUCGACGGGCCCAGCCGAACCGCACACAGAACACCCACCAUUCUGCCUACAACAAGGUGAUGACAGCAGGGGCAAUCGAGACACGAUCGAUGCAUCGCUUGGCUUGCUGCCUCUUGUUUGGUACCCGAGUAUGAGCCUCCGUGGCCGUGUGUGUUCUCCUGCUGCAGAUGGUCUCCCGAGGGCCCUUCUCGCCACAUGGCGGAGCACGGCGGCAGUGAGGUGCAGCAGCAGCAGCGACGAGAGCAGGAACCGCACACACGUGGCCUCCAGCAUGGAGUAGCAGUCAGAGAACAGACACGCGCACAGACACACCACCACCAGCAGCUCGCCACCGCCAGUCACCUCCACACGGACGGGGAGCAAUGACAGCACCCUCCCACCCUUCACAAAGGCGGACCACAUGUAGCUGCCGACCAGACCGGCGCCGAGGCAGCCACCCGUGCAGGUCGGUAACCCGAUCAGGCGCAACGUCGCAGCAAGAGGCGCUGUGAGCACCAGACCGAGGCAGGCGCGCCAGAGGACGGUCAGAGGUGAGGGCAGAGCCCCAGGCCACUCGGCGGGUGCAGUGGUCUCCAUGCGGGCGAGGGAUAGAGUGAACAUGACCUGCGCUGCGACUGCCAUCAGGGACGUGGCGACACCGAUCGUCAAGGCGACUGGGUCAAAGGUCGUCCACUGCGCUCGGGCAGCAUCGAGCACCGCCGCCAGAUACCCACGACAUGCCGCAAUGAACGCCCUCAGAUCAUCCGCCACGCCGCCAUCGCUCUGCUCCCACUCGGCCCUUCUCAAUCGACCGGCGUGGGAGUCAACUCUCUCCCAGAGUGCCGCCAGAUGCUCGCCGUCGGCGAAGGACUUGCCGGAGGCCUCGUCGUAUCUGCCGAGGUACCGCCUCACUUGCGCAGCAUUGAGAUAGAACGCCUCGGCGUGAUAACGGAGCUCGCCCACAACACCAGCAGCACCAGCAGGGGCACCGUGGAUGUGGCUGACGGACGGCAGCAUGUCCGGCGUGAUGCAGCCGAGGUUGCCAAAAGGGAUGGGGACACCGAGCAGCAGGGCGAGAGUGGGCACGAAGUCCACCUGGGGGAUGGCGUCGUGGUGGGUGCGUGUGGAGGGGUACGACGGGUGCAUCGAGGUCUCUGAGAAGGGCCUCCUCGAGUAAACGAACAAGGCCGAGUCCACCUACACGCACCAACCAAGACAUACAUAUACGGUAGGGGCGAUUGCAUCGCUAUAUCCAUCCCGUCUGUGUGUGUGUGUGUGUGUGGUGUGACCUCUUCCGGCAGGGCGCCUCCGUGAGCGCCAUCGUCGGUCUGUCCGUGGUCGCCGAGAAGCACCACCAGUGUGUCGUCAUCUACUCGAUCGACAGUGUCCGCGAGCACCCUGUCCAUCUGAGUGAGCUUCUCGCGCAUGGCCGGGUGGUUGACCUCAUACUUGUGGCCCACAUGAUCCACACCCAGGAAAUGGCCAACCAACACAGACCAGUCAGACCUUCAACCACACAGACGGACAGACAGGCAGGCAGACAGGCACAUCCAUGCUUUAGCCGAGCAGCCUGCAUUUAUCAGCCCUUGUGACUUACUUGUUCAUUUCGGCCCAUAUGUGUGCCAUGACGCCGUCAUCCACAGUGUGCAGGUCCUUGACGUCAAACGAGGGGUACGGAAACGCCCUCGACAGACCAUUCUCAACCACUGGGAAGAGGUCCACCCAGGUCUCGUCCCCCAUGGCCACCACGCCCCUCCCCUGCCGCCGCACCUGCUCAACCAGGUUGUCCUCACUCAGUGCCGACGACUCAAAGGUGUCACGCACUUCGAAAAAGGUCGGCAGUGAGCCCGUGGUGAGGGCCUUGAGCCGCUGAGUGGUUGCCGUCGGCGCGUCAGCAACGAAGCGAUACAGACGAGAGUUGUGCGGCUGCUCCGUCAUGAGCCGAUGGAUGGUCGGGAGGCCGUUGAUGUGAUAGGGGCCAGCAUCUGUGACAGGCAGGUCGGGCUGAUAGAGUGCAAAGUCCCACCGCAGUCCGUCCACAAUGAGAAUGACCACUCGCCGAUACUGAGCUGGCAGCCACGAUGCUGCACCUGUAGCAUCAGAUGGAUGAUGCUGAUGCAGGUCGGGGAAGAGCGGCUCUGCUGGUGGCGUGUCUGCAGCGCUGCGGUCCUUGAUCUCGUAUCGCGUGAGGAAGAAGCCUUGCAAAAAGAAGAGGAUGCCGACAGACAGCAGCCCUAUCUGCCACACCAGAUGAAAUGCAAGGCUCCAUCCGAUAUGAGCAGCCAUGACCGCAUCGCAUCUGGAGAUCCACUCCUUCACGGACUCUUCUUUUCCAUCAUUUCUCUCAAAAGCGG